CGCGGGUUCCAAACAAGGUUGCGCGCGCGCGGGAACUUUUUUUUUUUAUUAUUAUUUCUUCUUCUUAAUAUAAAUGCCAACGAUUCGAGAAUUAUUACAGAGAAGAAAUAAAAGUGAAAAGGACAAGGAAGAAGAGGAAUUACAGUUAGCAUUGGAGUUAAGUGCAAAGGAACAAUUGAAUGAACAACAACGUUUAUUAGAGCAGUUCUCUAAAAAAUCUCAAAAAAGGACAACGAGUAUUCGUAAACAAAGGAUUAUCAAACGAGAAAGAGAACCAGAAGAAGAAGAGGAGGAUGCAUGGUUUCAAACCGUGUCAAGUCGACCACAAAAAGUAGUCAAGAAGGUUAAAAAGGAAAGUGAACCCUUUCAAUUUGACAUGGAUUCUAUAUUUCAAAGUGAAGAAGAAGAAAAUGAGGAUAAGGCUCAAAUGAUAUCAGAUUCAGAUUCAGACAGCAGUAUAAUUGAUCUGGUUAACAUGCCGGAUCCAUUACCACUACCACCGAGAGAAGAGGAGGAGGAUGGUUACUUGUCACCAUUGGAAGGGUUCAAGAGUCUCAAGGAAGAUGCUAAUCCAUCCUUUCUGUCACAGCUGCAACCUGCACCGAAAAAGAAACGAGGGGGAGCAACAGCAACUAGUACAGGAAAGAAGAAGCCUUACAAGAGAAAGAAUAAGUGGGCCCGUAAAAGAAAACGAUGAAUAAGGACAAAUAAAAAUAAAAAAAAAUGAUGUGGAAUGAGGAGACUGUGUACAAAUCAUGUGGUCUUUUUGUUUUUUUUUUUUUUUUU